UUUUCAACUUCGCUUAUUCCUCAUUUUUCUCUUUCAAUUAUUACAAAAAAAAAAUCUAUAUCCAUAUCCCUAAUUCGCAUUUAUUUUUCUCAGAUAUAAUUCACAUGUUCUUACUAGAUUUUGUUCCCUUUCUUAUUUAUUCGUCAUCCAUAUAUUCAUUUCUCACCUAUGGAUGAACUGGGUAUGUUUGGUCAGUGGAGCAGAGAGCAAGACAUGGCAUUUGAAAAUGCAUUGGCGAAUUAUCCUGAGGAUGAUAUGGAUCGAUGGGUGAAAAUUGCGUCUGUUGUACCGGGAAAAACUUUAGGAGAGGUUAUGCGUCACUAUGCGAUUUUGGUUGAUGAUGUUAGCCACAUUGAAUCUGGUUAUGUGCCGUUACCGUGUUAUAAUGCGUCAAAGUCUAAUAAAGAACGGCGAAGGGGUGUUCCUUGGACUGAAGAUGAACACAGGUCAUUUCUUAUAGGCUUGGAGAAGUAUGGAGAUGGUGACUGGCGAAGUAUAUCAAGGAGGUGUGUGGUGACAAGAACACCUACACAAGUAGCAAGCCAUGCUCAGAAAUACAAAAUUCGUCAGAAAUCAAUGAAUCAGAAGAAAGAAAGAAGAAGGCGAUCCAGCAUACAUGAUGUCACCCUGGAGAAAAAUGUAGACAUUCCGGGGCCUCAAGCACCAAUUACUGGUCAGGCAAGCGAUUCUGCUGCAAGUUCUGCUGGACAAUCAGCCACACAAGUUCCUCCACCUCCACCUGCUGGAAUGUUAGCUGCAGCCGCACCUGCUGGAAUGCAUGCCUCAGCCGCGCCUGCUGGAAUGCAUGCCUCAGCCGCACCUGCUGGAAUGCAUGCCGCAGCGGCACCUGCUGGAAUGUAUGCUGCAGCCCCACCUGCUGGAAUCAAAACUUUAGAUAAUCCUCCGGCCCCACCUGUUGGAAUCAGAACUAUAGAUAAUCUUCCUGCCCCACCUGCUGGAAUUUAUGCUGCUCCUGGGAUCUGGAAACCUGUAGGAGGACCGGUUGUAUCUGCAGAUGGCACCACUCCAGUGAAUCUUACUGCUUCUGGACACACGGCUUAUGGUCAUGCGCCGGUUUCUGGGACAGGUAUUCAGGAGGCACCAAUGAACUUUAGUUCUCUGAAAUAUAUCAUGCAACAUACAUCUACUCGCUCGUGAAGUGCUUAUCAGAGGCACAUGAAAUACAUACAUAGAAACACCAGUCAAAUUAUAGUUACUUUUAUUUCUAUAUUAUUCCUUAUGUGCAAGCAAGUGUUUUAUAUUCAAUCAAUUAUUCAAAUAGGAGAUUGAAUAUUUAACAUCCUUGGCAUAGGAAAGCAUGGAAAUAAGUUUAUUUUGUAGAGAUAUAGAUUGUUAUAGACAGGCAAUAAAGUGAUUUGUUGUGAUUUAGAGGAAGUUUCUUUGGCCUUUAAUUUUGAAGGUUUUAUUAUUAAUAGGAAAUAAACUUCACAUCAGAGUAUUUCGAUUGUGAAAGUGAAAAGGAUUUGGGUUGUCUGAUCCCUACAAAUGUAGAAGGCUGAUCUCAAAGAGUUGGAUUUCUUUUAA